UGACAUCAGAGCUCACACUCUGCAGCUGCUCCGUCUCCUCUGUACUCUGCAUGUAUGGCCCCCUCCUCACACUCUGCUCUAUGAUGCGGAAUCUCGGUGCUGUGACCCCAGAGGAACACCUGAGGGAAAUGCAGAUUGUGACCAUUGGUGGAACAGACUGUGAAGAAGACAUCAAACCUUAGAAGGAAUAGGUCACAUGACUGAAACGCCUGCAGUCCACUUUUGUGGAUUGGAAUGCGCUCGGACAUUUGCUGCACCACCUAUCGGAGCAUGUAAAAACUAUUUGCAGCAGUUUGUCCAGACUUGGAGUUCCAAUGACUUGUGUCUCAUUUCUUAGCCUUCGAUCCAAGGGCUGUGCAUGGGGCAAAAAGCUGCCAGACAUGGCCCAUAUUCCGAUGUACCUGAGUCCAGCGGUGUUGGUUCUUUUCAGCUGUGACCUCUGCUUGGUGAAAGCAAAUCGACCCCCCUCUCCGGUCAAUGUAACCGUGACACAGCUAAAGGCCAACUCUGCCACCGUCUCGUGGGAUGUCCCCGAAGGUGACAUUAUCAUUGGAUAUGCAAUAUCUCAGCAGAGGCAGGAUGGACCAAUCCACAGAUUCAUACGAGAGGUGAACACCACCAACAGAGCCUGUGUAUUAUGGGACCUGGAGGAAGACACCGAUUAUAUAAUACAGGUGCAGUCUAUUGGGUUAUACAGCGAAAGCCAAGCAAGCAAGAGAAUCCACUUCCGCACCCUGAAGGAGACGGAUCGAUUACCGUCCAACAGCUCAAAUCAAGGGGACAUCACCGUGCAAGGAGUGGACAAGGAACGGCAGCUAGAGACCGGAGAGAUCAUCAUUAUUGUAGCUGUUCUGCUGAUGUGGGCAGCGGUCAUUGCGCUGUUCUGCCGUCAGUACGAUAUCAUUAAGGACAAUGAUUCCAACAACAACAAGGAAAAGGCGAAGCCAUCGUCAGAGCAGAGCACUCCGGAGCGGCAGACGGGCGGCUUACUGCGGAAGAAGAAGGCUCCGUCCGUCAACAUCAUUGAAGUAUAGUGCUGUCCACUUAUGGGACCAUUUGUGUACCCUUCGUCCUGGGCUUGGCGGAUGAAGUAGAAAAAGGACCGAAGACUUCUUAUAGCAAUACCACUAGGACUCUGCCACUGGCAGAGACACCUCAAGGGCUCAUCUGAAUCACUGUACCACAAGAGACGGCAUCUCACCGGCUGCGGGACUGCUCCUGUAAUGGCCCAAAGACAUUGAGACAUCCACCUGCACCAAAUGAAGCCGCAUGGUCCAGCACUGGUCAUACAAACAUACUAUGUAAUAACCGCACAUAGCGUCCUGCAGAAUGCAUGGAGUUUGUUCACUAACCAGAAGACUUGGAGGACAGUUCAGAGACCUUCAGCCAUGCCCUCAUGAUGUAUCCAAUGGAUGGGACCGUUUGGCUCUGAUAGGGGUUCUUAACCUAUUGGCCAUAAUCCAAUAAAUGUGGCACCACAAGCCGAGUCCUCUACAAGACCACUGCCUCCUCCCACUAAUAAACCUGCUAGCUAUUAUAUUUUAAAAUAAUUUUCUAAAAAUAUCUAAUUUCUUAAUUGUUAUAUUUUAAUAACUGUAAUAUUUGUGAAACGAUACAAUAAUAAUUCAAACCUCAACAAUAAGACAUAGAAUGAAAUUCCAGAUUCUGGGUCAUGGCCAAAUGAGGUUAGGAACCACUCUGAUGAAGAAUGACUACUCCAUUAUCAUAUUGCCCCUGGCUACAGAAUAACGUGGAAUGGUGGUACUAUGUAAUAUGACGAAGAUGAAUGAAACUUCUCCCGCGUUACAGUAUGAUGGAUGCCAUUUUCCUCUGGGUUAUAUUAUGAUGGGUAUCAUUGUCCUUCGGGUUAUAGUAUGAUGGGGCGGGUGUCACUGUCCUCCCGGUUAUGUAUGAUGGGGACAAGUGUUCAGGACCGGGUGCCAUUUUCCUCUGGGAUAAUGAGAACGGGGCCAUUUUACUCUGGGAUAAACUAUACUAUGAAAUAUUACUGACAAUGUUGAGUUUCUGUACCAUGAGGUGCAUCAUUAUUGUUCGUCAUCAUAGGACCACACAGAGGUCACCAUAAGGCCAAAUAUGGCAAGCAAUGCGUGACCAGCUAAUUGCUGCUUUAGUGUUAAUAUGUUAUCAGUGCCUUUAAUUUACGUUGUUAUAUUGUUUCAGUGAAAGUGAUAACUAGUGAUUGCUUAUAUUAGAUGGGUAAUAAGUCUUCAAAUGUACAAUGUCACUCACAGUACCUGACCAGGUCCUUCUACCUGAGCACUGUUUAUCUGGAAUAUUCACAGCAAUUUGUGCUUGCAUAAAUCCUGAGGGUAUGGCUUU